AUGUUGAGACUACCACCUGCUAAUCCUCAAGGCAAAGUUCGUUUAACUCGUUUACAUGCCUAUCAUUGUGGCGAUAGUUGCUCUUACGAUCGAACAAUAAAAUAUAUUGAGAAAUAUAUUGAAUUACUGUCUACGAAGGAUACCCUAACAACAGCAGAAAGAGUUGCCAAUUUACAUACAAAAAUUGCUUUAAUUUAUUUUAAUGAAAAAAGAAAACUAUCAUUCAUCAUUAAAACAUUACCUGAAAUCAUUAGAAUUCCAUCAAUUAAAUGUUAUAAGAUUAUACAAAAGCUUUAUUUGAAAUGUUUAGAAUAUCAAUCCGAAAAAACAUCAUCGAUAUUUGAUCAAAUUGCAUGUUCAUAUUGGAACAACAGUGACUAUGAUCAGGCUUGUGUAUAUUUGUUAAAAACACUAAAAAUUAAAGAAGAAUGA